GCUCCCUCUGCCGCCCCCCGGGGUCUGAGCCCCGGACCCAGGAGGCCCAAGGAGCUGGAGGUGACCCUGAGGCAGCAAGACCCCAGAGGAAGGGCGCCAGCCCCGCAGACGACUGUGUGCCACCCCAGGCUGGGCUCCUGUUAGGAGGAGGUGCUUGUGCCCAGGCGGCGGCUCAGAGGCAGCUGCUCCAUGCAGAGCUGAAGCUGGUCCUGCAGCAGAAGGGAGAGAGGAAGCAGGAGCCUGGGGCCUUGGUGACUCCCAGCAGCGCCAUGGAGGCCAGGAGCCGGAGUGCUGAGGAGCUGAGGCGGGCGGAAUUGGUGGAGAUCAUCGUGGAAACGGAGGCGCAGACUGGGGUCAGCGGCAUCAACGUAGCGGGCGGCGGCAAGGAGGGAAUCUUCGUCCGGGAGCUCCGCGAGGAUUCGCCGGCGGCCAAGAGCCUCAGCUUGCAGGAAGGGGACCAGCUGCUGAGCGCCCGCGUGUUCUUUGAGAACUUCAAGUAUGAGGACGCACUACGCCUGCUGCAAUGCGCCGAGCCUUACAAGGUCUCCUUCUGCCUGAAGCGCACUGUGCCCACCGGGGACCUGGCGCUGCGGCCCGGGACCGUGGCCGGCUACGAGAUCAAGGGCCCGCGGGCCAAAGUGGCCAAGCUGAACAUCCAGAGUCUGUCCCCUGUGAAGAAGAAGAAGAUGGUGGUGCCUGGGGCCCUGGGGGUCCCUGCAGACCUGGCCCCCGUUGACGUCGAAUUCUCCUUUCCCAAGUUCUCCCGUCUGCGUCGAGGCCUCAAAGCCGAGGCUGUCAAGGGUCCCGUCCCGGCUGCCCCCACCCGCCGGCGCCUCCAGCUGCCUCGGCUGCGUGUCCGAGAAGUGGCCGAAGAGGCCCAGGUAGCCCGGCUGGCCGCCGCUGCUCCUCCCCCCAGGAAGGCCAAAGCAGAGGCCGAGGUGGCAGCAGGAGCUCGUUUCACAGCUCCCCAGGUGGAGCUGGUUGGGCCCCGGCUGCCAGGCGCCGGGGUGGCUGUCCCCCAGGUCUCAGCCCCCAAGGGGCGGGAGGUGGCCCCUGCAGCAGAGGCCGCCGGUGGCUUUGCCCUCCACCUGCCAACCCUUGGGCUAGGAGCCCCAGCAGAACCUGCUGUGGAGCCUGCGGCUGUAGGGAUCCAGCUGCCCCAAGUGGAGCUGCCCUCCUUGCCCUCACUGCCCACUCUGCCCACACUUCCCUGCCUGGAGACCCGGGAAGGGGCUGUGGCAGUGACGGUGCCCACCCUGGAUGUGGCAGCACCUACAGUGGGGGUGGACCUGGCCUUGCCUGGUGCAGAGGUAGAGGCCCCAGUAGAGGCACCUGAGGUGGCCCUGAAGAUGCCCCGCCUCGGUUUCCCCCGGUUUGGGGCUCGAGCAAAGGAAGUCGCUGAGGCCAAGGUGGCCAAGGACAGCCUUGAGGCAAGGGCAAAGGUGCCCAGACUUCGAAUGCCCACCUUCGGGCUUUCCCUCCUGGAGCCCCGGCCCACUGCCCCUGAAGCCGUUGAGAGCAAGCUGAAGCUGCCCACCAUCAAGAUGCCCUCCUUUGGCAUCGGGGUCUCGCCGCCUGAGGUCAAGGUACCCAAGGCACCUGAGGUGAAACUCCCCAAGGCCCCAGAAGUCAAGCUCCCCAAAAUGCCAGAGGCAGCCCUUCCAGAUGUGCGACUCCCAGAGGUGGAGCUCCCCAAAGUGCCAGAGAUGAAACUCCCAAAGGUGCCCGAGAUGGCUGUGCCAGAGGUGAGGCUUCCAGAAGUUCAGCUGCCAAAAGUCCCCGAGAUGAAGCUCCCAAAGGUGCCCGAGGUGAAACUCCCGAAGGUGCCCGAGAUGGCCGUGCCAGAGGUGCAGCUCCCAGAAGUGCAGCUCCCGAAAGUCCCCGAGAUGAAGCUGCCGAAGGUGCCCGAGAUGAAGCUCCCUGAGAUGAAGCUCCCCGAGAUGAAGCUCCCUGAGAUGAAGCUCCCGAAGGUGCCCGAGAUGGCCGUGCCAGAAGUGCAGCUCCCAGAAGUGCAGCUCCCGAAAGUUCCUGAGAUGAAGCUCCCUGAGAUGAAGCUCCCGAAGGUGCCUGAGAUGGCUGUGCCCGAGGUGCGACUCCCAGAGGUGCAGCUGCCGAAAGUCUCGGAGGCGAAACUCCCGAAAGUGCCGGAGAUGGUCGUGCCGGACGUGCACCUCCCAGAGGUGCAGCUGCCAAAAGUCUCCGAGAUGAAAGUCCCCGACGUGAAACUCCCUGAAAUGAAGCUCCCGGAGAUAAAACUCCCCAAGGUGCCCGAGAUGGUCGUGCCCGAUGUGCACCUCCCAGAAGUGCAACUGCCAAAGGUAUCAGAGAUGCGGCUGCCGGAAGUGCAGGCGCCAAAGGUCCCAGAGGUGCACCUGCCAAAGGCACCUGAGGUGAAGCUGCCCAAGGCUCCAGAAGUGCCGCUAAAAUUUGCUGGGGCAGAGCAGGCAGAGGGGCUGGAAUUUGGCUUCAAGAUGCCUAAGAUGACCAUGCCCAAGCUAGGGAGGCCAGUGUCCCCAUUGAGAGGGAAGCCAGGUGAGGCAGGGGCUGAGGUCUCAGGGAAGCUGGUGACACUUCCAUGUCUGCAGCCGGAGGUGGGCGGCGAGGCUCGUGUGAGUGCCCCCUCUCUCACACUGCCCUCAGUGGAGCUAGACCUGCCUGGGGCCCUCGGCCUGGAGGGGCACGUCCCGGCCGCUGAAGUGGGUAAGGGGGAGCAGGCAGGGGCCCCUGGGGUGGUAGCAGGGGUCGGGGAAGUGGCCUUCCGGUUGCCUUCUGUUGAGAUUGUCACUCCACAGCUGCCCACAGCGGAAGUCGAAGAAGGGCAGGUAGAGGCGACGGAGAUGAAAGUCAAACCCUCCUCCAAGUUCUCGCUGCCCAAGUUUGGACUCUCAGGGCCAAAGGUGACCAAGGCAGAAGCUGAGGGGGCCGGUCGGGCCACCAAGCUGAAGGUGUCCAAGUUUGCCAUCUCACUCCCCAAGGCUCGGGUGGGGACCGAGGCGGAGGCCAAAGGGCCGGGGGAGGCAGGCCUGCUGCCCGCCCUCGAUCUGUCCAUCCCACAGCUCAGCCUGGAUGCCCAUCCGCCCACGGGCAAGGUGGAGGUGGCGGGGGCCGAUGUCAAGCUCAAGGGGCCCAGGUUUGCCCUGCCCAAGUUUGGGGUCAAAGGCCGGGACACCGAGGCAGGAGAUCUGGUGCCAGGGGUGGCCGAGGUGGAGGGCAAGGGCAGGGGUUGGGAUGGGAAGGUGAAGAUGCCCAAGCUGAAGAUGCCCUCCUUUGGGCUUGCUCGAGGGAAGGAAGCAGAAAUCCAGAGUGGGCGCGUCAGCCCCGGGGAAAAGCCAGAGUCUAUAGCUGGGCAGCUGAAGAUCCCUGAGGUGGAAUUGGUCACUCUGGGGGCCCAGGAGGAAGGGGGGGCAGAAGGGGUAGCUGUCAGUGGAGGACAGCUGUCAGGCCUUCAAGUGUCCACAGCCAGGCAGAUGGUCCCUGAGGGCCAGGCUGGGGGACCGAGGAUGCCGCUGGGCCUCUCCCUGCCCCAGGUGGAGCUGAGCUUUGGGGAGGCUGACCUGGGCACCACUCCAGGGCAGCAGGCUGAGUGUGCAGCCCCUCCAGCAGAGGGCACAGCAGGGUACAGGGUCCAGGUGCCUCAGGUGACCUUGUCUCUACCUGGAGCCCAGGUGGUGGGUAGUGAGCUUUUGGUGGGCGAGGGUGUCUUUAAGAUGCCUGCUGUGACAGUGCCCCAGCUUGAGCUGGAUGUGGGGCUGAGCCGAGAGGCAGCCACAGGUGAGGGUGGGCUGAGGCUGAAGAUGCCUACGCUGGGGGCCAGAGCUGGGGCUGGGGGCGAGGGGCCUGGGGACCAGCCCCCAGGGGCCGAGCGUACCUUGCAUCUCUCACUGCCUGAUGUGGAGCUCUCCCCGCCCACCGUGGGUAGCCGCGCUGAGUACCAGGUGGCAGAGGGCGAGGGCGAUGCUGGACACAAGCUCAAGGUACGGCUGCCCCGGUUUGGCCUGGCACGGGCCAAGGAGGGAGUUGAGGAGGGCGAGAAGGCCAAGAGCCCCAAACUGAGGCUGCCCCGCGUGGGCUUCAGCCAGAGCGAGGCAGUCACCGGGGAAGGCUCCCCGAGCCCGGAGGAGGAGGAAGAGGAGGGUGGCGGGGAAGGGGUCUUGGGGCGCCGAGGCCGGGUCCGAGUCCGCUUGCCCCGAGUGGGCCUGGCUGCGCCUUCCAAAGCCUCUCGGGGGCAGGAGGGGGAGGCAGCCCCCAAAUCACCUGGCGGGGAGAAGUCACCCAAGUUCCGCUUUCCCCGGGUGUCCCUAAGCCCCAAGGCCCGGAGCGGGAGUGGGGACCAGGAAGAGGGUGGAUUCCGGGUCCGGCUGCCCAGCGUGGGAUUUUCGGAGACCGGGCCCCCAGGCCCUGCCAGGAUGGAGGGGGCUCAGGCUGCCGUUAUCUGAAACCCCUGAGCAGAGAGAGACUCCCCUCCCAUCUUUCCCUCCCCGUCCCCCUUGUUUGUGUGUGAGAUAACUAGCACUAACCCUCAGAGGGCUGGGAGGUGGGCGACUGAUGGGGGCGGGGCCAGGGAGGCCGUGCCCAGCGCCUUGGCAGGAGUGCCAAGCUAUGUGAAUAAAAUAAUCCAGAGGUA